UAAGGUCUCCGCAUCCUUCCUUCCCCACACAUUGCAGGGAAGUCGCUAAUAGGUGGGUUAUCGUACCUGUGCCGCCUUACCUUACCUGCCUGCCGUACUGAGCUCCUCCCUGCCGCUCAGACUAGCAAGAAGGUGAAAAUGAAGGUCACUUUCGCACUGUUCUCCCUCGUGGCGGCGCACCUGGUCAGCCUGCAGGUCGUUGAAGCACAGAAGGAGGCGGAGGUGGAUGAGAUUGCCCCGUACGACAUCAUCAAGACGGCGGAGGGCUACGAGGAACGGUACUACCCACAAGCACGUUGGGUUUGCCACGGCAAGUCCCUCGACAGCCCCUCCAUGAGAAAGAUGCAGCAGUCCUUCUUCCCUCUCUUCCAGUACAUCAUCGGCAACAACGUAGAUGACGCCCAGAUCCCGAUGACCGCGCCCGUCACGAUGAAGAUGAGCCAGGCGGCGGAGGGGAAGUGGACGACCCAGAUGUGUUUCUAUUUGCCCAACAACUACCAGGUGGGCGUCGUGCCUCCCACGCCUAUGGAUGCUGAGGUGUACAUUGAAGACAGACCCGCGAUGACUGUCUUCGUGAGACGCACCGGGGGCUUCCUCACAAGGGCGGCUCAGUGGGACUACCAGGCGGAGGAGCUGAAGAAGGCUCUGAAGAACAAGGAGCCCACCGCUGACUACACCACCUUCUAUAUGGCCGGCUAUGACUCUCCCAUGAAGUUUAUGAACCGAAGGAACGAAGUCUGGUUCAUGAAGAAGUCGGCGAUGUAAAGAGAAUAGACCCCCCUACAGCACCACAUUUUCCUUCCCAUCCCUUGACCCUCCAUCCCAUCCUAGCGAUCCUACCUCUCUCCUACUCCUCCUCCUACUUCUUCUCCCUUCCUCUAUACGCUUCCCUACGUUAUUGCGCCCACACCCACCCACACCCGAGUUAGGUUUAUGUUUACUUGUACUUAGCAAUGCAGUCAGAAUAAAGUUGUUUUUGAAU